UCCGCCUGCCUGCCGCUGCCUGUCCUCAGUCUCGACGCGGAGUGCUUCACCUCGGCACGAGCAGACGACGCUUGUUUCUCAAUCGCUUUGUUUUCGUGCAAAUCAGUGUUGUUUUGGUUGCGAGGAGCACCUUCUCGCUGUGCAAGUGGAAGUGUUUCUUCUUCUCCUGGGAUUGACUUAACGCAGCCGUCAAAAUGGUGUCUUGCGGCAUGUCUUGUAUAAAGUACCUCCUGUUUGUUUUCAACUUGUUAUUUGCCAUCUCUGGCAUAACUAUCUUGGCUGUGGGGGCAACCAUCCUUGCUUCCCAAAAUAAUCUGCAGCUGAUAACUGAAAACUAUUGGUCUGGAGCAAUUGUGCUAAUUGCUGUUGGCUUCAUAGUUUUCCUUAUCUCUUUCCUGGGCUGCUGUGGAGCCAUCCGUAACAGCAAUGUUAUGGUGAUGUCGUUUGCAAUUCUUCUGAUCAUCAUCUUUGUUCUGGAACUCACUGCUGCGGUUGCUGCUUACGUGCUGAGAGCUGAUGUUCAUGACAUGGUUCAGAAUGGCUUAAACAAAACUAUUUUAAGCUACAACAACAAUACUCAAUUCAAAGAAGGCUGGAAUAUCUUGCAACAUGAUUUUGAGUGCUGUGGUGUGAAUGGACCUGAAGACUGGAAGAAUGUGUUCAAAAAUACCACUUUGCCUGAUGUCUGCUGUCCUGAUAAGGAUGUGAAAGAGUCUUGUACUAUGGGAACCACACAGCACUAUACGGAAGGAUGUCUGAAGAAGUUUGAAAACACCAUUCAGAACAAAGCCCUGCUGGCUGGAGGCAUUGCCCUUGCUGUUUGUUUCAUCCAGAUAAUUGGUGUGAUCUUGGCGUGUUGCUUGGGAAAAGCUCUUCGAAAGGAUUAUGAAACUGUUUAAAGUGUUUUUGAGGACAGUGUCUACAUCCGCUAAUAAGUGUACUGUGUCAUCAGAAUCCUUGUGUGGGCCUCUAGUCUUAUACUCCACACUGAAAACAAGCCUGAUGGUGUCAAACUUAACUUUGUUUUAUCUAUUUUUUCAUCACAAUUUCGUACUUGCUGUUUAAAAUAUAUUUUCAGUACUUACAUUCUGAGGCAUCAGUGUAUCUUUAGCCUCCCAGUUCAACUGAAAUCCUAAUUAUUUAAUGUUUAGAAACACAUUCAGAACUGUGUUCCACUUUAGAUAUGCAUUUAUUCUGUGGAUUGUGAUGUAAUUUGGCAUCACAAAACCAUGGAUAAUUAAGGUUUCAAUUUUAAAAUCUAUCCCUAUCAUGACAUGUAUACUUACUUCAAUUUUUAUUGUACUGAUAAAAAUUCACAGGGAUGGUUUUUGGAAGGGUGAUGGUAUUAUUGUUGUGGUUUAUCAACUGAUGACUGUUUUGUAGGAAUUUUAAUCAUGUUCCUGCCAUAACUGAUAUGAUUAAAAUGUGACUUGAUUACAAAUCAAUUUUGCAUCUUGGUGCAAGUAAUACUUUGCAUUCCCUAUGCCCUCUAUUUUGUAUAUAGCUCUAAUGGCUUUUUUUCUUUGUUUGUCAGCCCUCUCCAGAAUGCUGUUUGUGUUAUCAGUUUCAAUUGUAAUAGAAAUUUUUUAUACAGAACUUGCAAAAAAAUUCUGGUCAGGAUUGACAAACAUCGUUGUAAUUCCUUAACUUGUAAUUUUCAAUUAGUAUAUGUUAAUGGAUAUGUAUGAGUAAUCAUACUUAGUUACCCCUUUCAUAAUUUUACUACUAAAAGAAAAUAUUUUUGUGCAGCUUUUGUAAGCUUUUCUGUGUAAAGAAAACAAUGUCUUAGUUGAGUUUUCAAUGAUUUCUUGGUGUUACUUCUGUUUGUGACUUCUAGCUAUUCAUCCUCCUGACCCGUCGUCUGAACAGAGACAGUGCCAAACAUUUUUUUCCUUCUCUGGUAUGCCUCAAUUUUAGAAACAGUUCUCUAAUUUCAAAGUACCUCAAAGUUUUCAGAAAAUCAUGAUUGAAGAAUGAUACAUAUGUGUUUUUAACAAAAACGUCCCUUUAAAUUUCCCUUAGUACAAAGGAUGUUUUGACUCACCCCCUUAUCAUAGCUUAAUUAAUUCCCUUUCAUUGAGAUUUUAAAAUUAAUUGCAUGUAUAAAUGCACAUUAUAGGAAUUUGUCUGAGCACUUUGUCAAUACUUUCCAUUGUUCAGUUACAUUAAGCUGCACAAAACAAAAAUAAGAUGCAAGAAUAUGGUGUACUUAUCACAAUUUUCUCAUUUAUUUGGUUUGAUGUUUCUGCUAGAUAACAUUUUCUGUCCAACUGAAAGCACAAUAGCCUCAGCGUUGUCACUUAUCAUUUGGGAGCGCAGUGCUUAAAUGUUCUAUGUAUAGAACCAUCAGAAGACUAUUUGCUCCCUGACUGGUUUGCAAGGCAAACUUCAUCCUGUAGUGUGUUGUCUCGUUUGAGCCAAAGACUUUGAUAUUUACUCACUUGUGUACUAUUGUGAUUGCGCUACCUGAUCUCCCUUCUCUUUGUUUUCUUCUAUUGUUUUGAAUUUGUGAUUGUGUUUCAAUAAAACGUCUAGAACCUCUA